AUGCAGGACUUCUCUUUCAUGUCAGGGCGCAACCUACCGCGUGUCCUCUCCUCUUCUUUGCUCUUCACCACCCUAAUUGCUAGCGCAGCUGCCCAGGAUACGACGACACUAGGCGCAUGUCUGAAAGACAAGAAUCUGCAGUUCACUGCGGCUAAAAACCCUGGCUGGGAGAAAACAACUUCUCCAUGGUCACUGCGAUUCAAUCCUGAGCCGGCGGCUGUCGUCACACCAACUACAUCAGAGGAUGUUGCAGCGGCACUAGCAUGCGCAGUUGCGUCGGAGAUCAAGGUUACAGCACUGAACGGCGGGCACUCUUACGGCGCAUACGGUCUAGGAGGAACUCACGAUGGCGCACUUGUAAUCGACAUGGUGAACUUUGACCAGAAGAGUUACGAUGACGGUACUCAACUUUUGACCUAUGGCGGUGGUAGCCGAGUUGGUCCGGUCGUCACAUGGCUAUGGGAGAAUCACGGCCGUCACUUCCCCCAUGUUCGAGCCAACUGGGUGGGUCUCUCCGGCUCUUCGAUUGGGUCCGGAUUCGGUACAACAACUCGUCUCCUCGGCACGCCCAUGGACAACCUCGAUAGUGUUGAGUACAUGUUGUACAAUGGCACUGUUGUCAAGGCUUCUCGUGACGAAAACGCGGACCUGUUCUGGGUCGCUCAAGGAGCUGGUUCUUCGUACGGUAUACUCCUGUCUCUCACCACGAAGACCUGGAAACCAGAGCAUGAACAGGUGACCAACUUCACCAUCUCCCUGCCAAGCGACACCAGCAUCGAGACUGGCGUUGACGCUCUGCUAGCCGUACAGGAAUACGCGCAAACCGAAGCCCCUGAUACUUUUGCUCUCCGAUGGUCGCUCGCCACAUCAUGGUCUGGAAGUGGGUUCUUCUACGGCAACCCUGAAGACUUCAACAGCACCAUCGCUCCUCUUAUGGAGCGCCUACCAAACACCACGACGCUAACAACUUCAACCGCGGACUUCUGGACCAUGGAGAACAACGCUACACCGUCUCUCACUGGCACGACCGACACCUAUCCUCCUCGGACCAUGUACCUCCAAGCCCUGGUCCUGCGCGCCGACCAGCCGUUCACAUACGAAUCCGCACUCGCUCUCUAUGAACACACCACUUUCGCAUUCAACCGCACCGAUAUGACCAAGUUCGGCUUCCUCGAUCUCUGGGGUGGCAGUCCCGCCCGCGCCAUCAAAGACAGCGAUACUUCGUACGCCCACGCCAACAGCCUGUGGCUGAUCCGCUGGGAAGGCCGAUUGGCCGACGGUCUGAGCGAGUGGCCGGCUGAUGGUAUUCAGUAUCUGCAAGAAGGGUUCAAGCCGUUUGAACAGCAACUGCAGAAGGAGAAUGUCCCGCUGAGGGGGUUUGUGAACUAUCGCGAUACCGAGUUGACGGAGGCGCAGUGGAGCGAGAGAUUGUAUGGGGAGAACUAUGAGCGGAUGACGCAGAUCAAGACUGAGGUUGACCCGAGGGGUGUGUUCACCACCAACGAUCAGAGUAUUUUGUCUUCUUAG